CAACAAAGCUAUUCUUUCAACCACCUCAGUUGCUUGAUAGCCAACAAUAAACCGAAACAUUGACGGUCAUAAGCCAUUUUUGUGAACAUUAACUAAUCUUAGUGUUUUAAACACACGUCUGUUGACUUAUCUACUGGUUAAGUUUGACCUAAUUUGCUCAAUACAUUUGCAAACCUGUUAAGAUUGAUACUGAGCCUAGCACUAGGAUAGUCGCUAAUGCUAAAUAGCUAAAUAGCUAGCUAAUAUCUCCGACUAUGAGCUCAUUAAAUUAUUCCCCCUCUGCUGAAGAAGAGGAGGUUUGUUGCACGGAGACCGAAGCUCUGGGGCUGAACAUUGUCGUGAAAGAAGAAGAUGAGGGUGUUACAGUGAAAGGAGAUGAAGACGUUUUCAGAAUUAAAAAGGAGGAAGAGGAGAAUGUUGCAGUGAAAGAAGAGAAAGAACAUUUUGGGCCAGAAGAGGGGAUAGAGGCUGUCAUAGUGGAAGAAGAGGAAGUAGAAGCUUUCAGAAUGAAAAAGGAGGAAGAGGAGGCUGUCACAGUGGAAGAGGAGGAGGUGGAAGCUUCGAUAAUGAAAAGGGAGGAAGAGGAAGAUAUCACAUUGAAAAAAGAGGAGGAGGUUGUUACAGUGAAAGAAGAGAAAGAACAAUUUGGAGUGAAAGAGGAAGAGGGGAUAGAGGCUGUCACAGUAGAAGAGGAGGAGGUAGAAGCUUUAAAAAUAAAAAAGGAGGAAGAGGAGGCUGUCACAGUGGAAGAGGAGGAGGUGGAAGCUUCGAUAAUGAAAAGGGAGGAAGAGGAAGAUAUCACAUUGAAAAAAGAGGAGGAGGAUGUUAUACUGAAAGAAGAGAGAGAACAUUUUGGAGUGAAAGAGGAAGAGGAUGCUAUAUCAAUAAAAGAGGAGAAGGAAGACGUUUUGGGAGUGAAAGAGGAUGAUGAUGAUGAGGAGGAAGAAGAAGAAGAAGGAGGAGGGGAGGAGGAGGAGACAGAAGAUCUGAUUAACACCAGAGAGAGAACAGACUCUCAUUCUGAAAGCGGGACGAGUCCUUCAGAAGAACCUGACCCAGAGACGUCCAAACCAGCAAGAGCACACCACUGCUCCCAGUGUGGAAAGAGAUUUAUCCGGUUAGGGCACCUGAAAGAACAUAUGAAAACACACACAGGGGAGAAGCCUUAUCACUGCUCCCAGUGUGGAAAGGGUUUUGGACAGUCAGGGCAUCUGAAGGUGCAUGAAAGAAGACACACUGGAGAGAAGCCAUAUCAAUGCUCCCAGUGUGAAAAGAAAUGUUUCUCACCAGGGGACCUGAAGUCACAUGAGAGAACACACAGACAGUCUUUAGAGAGGCCUUUCCAAUGCUCUCAGUGUGGAAAGAGAUUUAUCCAGUCAUCGCAUCUGAAAGAGCAUGAAAGAAUACACACAGGAGAGAAGCCGUUCCAAUGCUCUCAGUGUGGAAAGGGGUUUAGAUACUCAGGGCAUUUAAAAGUGCAUGAACGAACACACACUGGAGAGAAGCCGUAUCAAUGCUCCCAGUGUCAAAAGGGUUUUUUCUCACCAGGGGACCUGAGAAAACAUGAGAGAACACAUUUAGUAGAUAGGCCUUUCCAGUGCUCUCAAUGUGGAAAGAGAUUUAUGCAGUCAUCACAUCUGAAAAAACAUAAGAGAAUACACACAGGCGAACAACCAUUCCAAUGCUCUCAUUGUGGAAAAAGUUUUACCCGUUUAGGGAACUUGAAAACACAUGAGAUGACACACACAGGAGAGAAGCCUUUCCACUGCACCUUCUGCGGAAAACGUUUUACCCAUUUAGGGAACCUGAAAAUGCAUGAGAUGACACACACAGGAAAUAAGCCUUAUCACUGCUCCCAGUGUGGAAAAGGUUUUGGACACUCAGGGCAUCUAAAAGUGCAUGAAAGAACACACACUGGAGAGAAGCCAUAUCAAUGCUCCCAAUGUGAAAGUAAAUUUUUCUCAUCAGGGGACCUGAAAUCACACGAGAGAACACACACUGUAGAGAGGCCUUUCCAAUGCUCUCAGUGUGGAAAGAGUUUUACCCGGUUAGGGAAUCUGAAUAUGCAUUUGAGAACACACACAGGGGAGAAGCCAUACCACUGUUCAGACUGUGGAAAGAGAUUUAUCCAGCUUGGGGACCUAAAAUCACAUGAGCGGACACACACAGGAGAUAAGCCUUUCCAAUGCUCUCAGUGUGGAAAAAGUUUUGCCUGGUUAGGGAACUUGAAAAUGCAUGAGAGAAUACACACAGGAGAGAAGCCUUUCCACUGCUCCUUGUGUGGAAAGAGUUUUACCUUUUAGGGACACUGAAAAAGCAUGAGAUGACACACACAGGAGAGAAGCCUUUCCA